AUGGCCGACACGCUGCUCGAGCAAACGAGCGACCGCGCCCUGCUCCGCGACGAGCUGAUGAGCCUCCUCACCGCGGGCCGCGACACCACCGCCAGCCUACUCAGCAACCUCUUCUCCAUGCUGGCGCGCCACCCCGACACGUGGCGGUGCCAGCGCCAGGAGAUGGCCUUCCUGGCCGGUCGGCCGCCCAGGCACGAGCAGCUGAAGGAGCUGCAGUACCUACAGUGCUCUCUGAACGAGUCGCUGCGGCUGCAUCCGCCCGUCCCGAUCGGUGCGCGGGCACGAUGGUCCUCUACGAUGUCUACUCCAUACAUCGGCGCGGGGGGCUCUAUCUACGGGUCGGAUGCGGCGGCGUUCCGGCCAGAGCGGUGGAAGGACGGGCUGCGCCCGGGCGAGUGGGCAUUUUUGCCUUUCAGUGGCGGGCCCAGGGGCUGUUUGGGGCAGCACUAUGCUUUGGCGGCGGUCGAGUAUGUUACUGUAAGGCUGGGGCAGCGGUUUACUGGGUUGGAGGAGAGGGAUGGGAGGCCCUGGCGGGAGGAGCUUGGGUCGACGCUGUCGUCGCGGGAUGGGGUGUGGGUUGGUUUGAGGGAGUGA